CUGUCGUUGCGUGGAAGUAUAGAGCCCUACGAGUGUUUAAUGUGACAGUAACGACAAGAGCGAAGAAGCAAAGAGCCAAUCACAAACUAGGGCACCAUAUUGAAUUGUUUUGAUCCAACCCUCUGCUUCUUACUUCUUUUUACUUCUGGGUUUGGUUGUUUUGUUUUUGAAAUAAAAGGAGCCACAGUUAAAAUAAGACGACAGCGGAAUCUGUCCUCACAAGGACACCAUGAAGCUGACGGAAAUCAAAAAGUUAAAGGUGGGGGAGCUGCGGUCCAGACUGAGAGAAGUUGGGUUGGACAGCGGAGGACUGAAGGCUGAGCUGGUGGUCAGGCUGUGGUCUGCUCUAGACUCGGGACUCAGCGGGAGAGGCGAGGAAACUCGGGUGGAACUACAACAUGACGACUCACCGACACCAGCAGCACCGACAGACACAGAGGAGGUCCCCGCUCCGUCCUCCUCGCCGCCGGCGGCAGAAGCGUGUAUUACUGCGCCAUGUUGCCCGGACAGCACCAGAGAGUUUACGGACAGCGGGACACAGACUGAGCCCGAGUCCGGAGCGACUGCACCACAGCACGGCUCUGAGUUCGUGUCAGAGUCCGUGAGGGGGAACCAGGCGGAGUUAGGAGGAGAGGUGGAGGCUCCCGGGGAGGAGAGGAGAGAUCCGUCCUCUGAGGAGACGAACAGAGGGAGAGCUUUCUACGAGUUUAAAGAGGAGAUACGAUACAAAAGAGUGAAAUCCCCACAACCUCCAGUGGACAGCGAGGAGGCAGAGGAAAAGGAUGAGGAUAGAGUCAGCCUGGAUCUAUAUGACAGUCAUCUCCACUUUGAGGUGGGUGCUGACGGAUCCUGGGGGCAGCCCCGGUUCUGGGCUCAGUUCCCCUCACUGUGGUCAGGCUGCAGGCUCACCCAUGGGGUGCUGCAAGGCAGGGUGGGCUUUGAGGUGAGGCUGGAGAGGAAGUUGUUGACUACAUGGCAGGAGGAACAAGAGGGGGUGGAGCCCUGUGGUGCGAGAGUUGGCUGGUCAGUGGCUCACUCCUCCCUGCUGCUGGGUGAAGAUGAGCUCUCUUUCGCUUAUGAUGGACGCAGUAAAAAAGUGUCAAGUGGAAAGGAAGAGGAGUUUGGAGAAUCUUUCUCAGAGGGGGAUAUCAUUGGCUGUUACGCUUCUUUCUCUGCAGCCGGUGCCAUUCAGAUCUCUUUCCAUAAGAACGGUCGUUUCAUAGGUGUGGCCUUUUCCCUGGGCGCCUCUGUGCUGCAGGGUCAACCUCUGUUCCCUCACAUCCUCUGUAAGAGCUGCUCGGUCAGAUUCCUCCUGGACCCCACAGCUCCUCCCUGGUACCCCAGCCCUCCAGGUUUUACUCCACUGGCAGCUCUCCCUGCUGGGCAGAGGGUGCGCUCGACACUGGGCCCUUCUUCCAGAGCACAGUGUGAGGUUUUGUUGAUGAUGGGACUUCCUGGUUCUGGGAAGAGCCACUGGGCCCGGUCUCACAUGAAGCAGCAUCCAGAGAAACGCUACAGGCUGCUGGGCACAGAGGAGCUGCUCGCAUGUGUGAUUAGUGGCGAACAGAGGGACUGCAGGCUGCGACAGGCCGCUCAGUGUCUGACUGAUUUAAUUAGAAUAGCUGCUCAGACUCCGGGGAACUACAUUUUGGACCAGUGCAACAUCCUCUUCUCUGCACGCCGUCACAAACUGCAGCUGUUCUCAGGCUACAGGAGGCAGGCAGUGGUAGUUUUUCCACCUGCAGACGAGUGGAGAAGACGACUGUCGCUGCACCAGACGAGCGAGGACGACCAGAUCCCAGAGACGGCCCUGCUCAAACUCCAAGUGAGCUGCAGUCUUCCAGAGCGGCAGACUGAUCUGCUGGAGGAGCUGCUAUAUGUCGACCUGCCCCAGGAGCAGGCGCAGACGCUCCUGCAGGAGUACAAAGACUGUGCUCGCAGACUGCUGCCCCCCGUCCCCAAAAGGGAGAAGAAGAAACCCCGACUUCACAGGAAAAGACCCCACCCUCAUGGCCCUCCACCAUCACACAGGAUCCAGUGGACUGGGAUGAAUGCGUGGAACAACCCAAGAAUCAACAUGCAGCCAUGGAGUCAGCACCCAAGAUAUUGGAACGUGGCUUAUCGGGACCAGAGCUACAACUACAGCAAAGACUUCGCUCAGAUAUGAGGAUUAUUGAAGAAUCCAAUGCUGCUUCAUUACAACAUGUAUACAAGGUGUUUACAAGGACAGUAAUUCUCUUGAUCAGUCAUUACAUUUUUUUAUAAAAGAGGUGACUAAAUCGUGGAGAACUGAAGAUUGUAUGUUGCAGGGAGUGCUUUGAUCAGUCAAUGCCAAUCAGUGCUGUAGUAUUUUAAGAAUUUUGACGAUAAAAACCAGGUCACUUUAUAAUUUUUAUUCAAAAUAAGAAAAAAACUUUUAUGAGUUGUUUUUACUGUACAGUUUACAAAUGAUGAAAACACUAUUUUGCAAAGUUUUAACACCAGUAUUGUUCAGAGUGCUCAAAGUCAAAGAGUGAAUCAAAUUUUGAUGAAAGCGUUUGGUUUGUUCAUUGGAUCAUCUGGGUCCAUCUGGUGCGAUCAUCACCUGAGUGUGUGGUCGUCUCCUCUGGUCUCACUCUCUGUCAGGUUCCACCGUCUGAUAAAGCAGCACGGCUCCUUUAGCUGAAGGACACAGCUCCGACCACAGAGGGCUGCUCCUGUCCAGCUGCAACACUUCCUGUUAAAAAACUAAAUGUCAAAUAUCACGAUUGUCGAGCUUCUCUCUCGCCUCAACUUUGUUUGGAAAACACAACUUUUGUAUCUACAUCCUGUCACGAACUGAACUUUCCUCCAAACACAGCUGCCAGAACAGUUCACAUCUGUAACUUUAGUUGACUCACUGUUCUGCUGAGGAAGACGAUGUCUGUGGACUCGUGCGCCUCUGCUCCUCCUUUCCAGUACAACUUUCUGACUUCAUCAGAUGUCAGUGAACACCUGAGGACAAACAGACAACUGAGUCUUCAUCAGAUCAUGUCUUCUUUUAUUAGCUGCCUCCUUUUGGCUAUAUUGUACUUUUUAAAACUUAUUUCAAAUAAGAGAUUUGAAAAAGAACAAGCUCAGGCUUCGGGGUGAGGGUAAAUUGGUUUAUUUCCUGUAUCAUUCAUAUGCAUAAAUAAUAUUCUGUCAUAAAAAAACAUUUCUCUCUGAAUAAAAUUAACAGUUGAUUUACA